GGAAGCUAUGUACCAUCUGCAGACGCAAGCCAGAAAACUGAAGCAAAGGAAAAAGCAUCAACUACAGCUGAAACAGUUGGUGCAUUCCAAAAGCUUCCGAUGGUGAUGCCAUCAGUUGAUAUACUAUAUUCUGCACUGCGGAAGGCAAAGAGGGUUUCACCUACAAAGGGCAUUGCUAAUGUUGCAAAGCGAGAAAGAAAUCGAGGUGCAAAGCAGCUUGAUGCAUUAAUGAAGGAACUAGCCAUUCCUUUGAGAACUUAUAUAGAAGACUUCCCGAACAAGAAAUAUUUGCAUCCAUAUGAGAAAUCACUUGUUGAGUUAACACUUGGGGAUGGAAACUACGAAGAGGUGUUGGGAAAGGUUGAAGCUUUGAGGAAGAAGGUGGUUUCAGUUGGAAAGGAACAUGCUUCAAUUUGUGCUAAGUCUUUAUCAAAACGGGAAGCUGGAGAAAGAUUGAGUGAGGGCAUGAAGAAACUCGAAGAAAUCUUUCUUCGAGAGGGGAAAGUUGUUGACGAAUUGUUAAACAUUGCUAAGAUUUUGCGAGCAAUGCCAGUCGUUGAUUUGGAAACGCCAACUCUCUGCCUUGUUGGAGCUCCUAAUGUAGGAAAGUCAUCCUUGGUCCGUCUACUUUCGACAGGGAAACCUGAGAUUUGCAAUUACCCUUUUACAACUAGGGGGAUUCUGAUGGGUCAUAUAACUUUCAGCUACCAGAAUUUUCAGGUGACAGACACCCCUGGGCUUCUGCGUAGACAUGAUGAAGAUAGGAACAACUUGGAAAAGUUGACACUUGCUGUCCUCUCUCAUUUGCCGACUGCUGUACUAUAUGUUCAUGAUCUUUCUGGAGAAUGUGGGACAUCACCUUCUGAUCAGUUUGUCAUCUAUAAGGAAAUAAGGGAAAGGUUUAGCAACCAUCUUUGGCUUGAUGUUUUGUCCAAAUGUGAUUUGCUGGAAGAAUCUCCUGUUGUCUACGUUACAGAAGAUGUUAAUUGUGAUGAUUAUGAGCUGGCUAAAUAUCGGAAAAUGGGACCUGAUGGAGCCUUGUGCGUGUCAGUGAAGAGUGAAAUGGGACUUGAUGAGUUGAAGAGUAGAGUGCAUAAGUUGCUGGGUUCUCAAUUCAUGAAGAUAAAGGGCAAUCAAGAAAAAUUGGAAGUAUGUGGGUGAUCUAAAUUUACGAAAGGCACAAGAAUUGGGGAAUCUCACAAUCUCUGCAAGCAGUAUUCUGGAAUGAAGCAUCUCAAGGGACCUGAUAGUACACAAGGCAAAACAGUUGAUAUUUGAUCUUUGUUGCUUGCAGAUGCAGCCUGAUACUUUGAAGCAAAAUGCAGAUUCAAUGGUGAUAAGAGGCUCCUUGGUGGCUUGGCUGAUAUUGGAUGGAAGUUGUGCAAGUCCUCAAUCCUAUUUGAUUGACAGCAUAUCCACAGUUUCAGCUUUAGGUAUUCAUCAAUUUCUACGGCUUCAAGAAGCGAUUUGUUUCUCCUCUUUUCUACCUGGUUGUUCUGCCUCCAAUGCUUAUUAAUGCUCCCCUAGCCCUAACUGUAUGAACCAGCAUUCUUCUGGAUUAUGUCUACUUAUUUAGUUGUGGUAGUGAUCUUCUAACGCUACUGCAAUUUGAUUUCUCCCUAGAACUUGAAAAGCUUUGCAGUAGUUAGACGUGCAACUAUCUAUUUAUUAACUGCUGAAGAAUUUGCUGUAUGCGUGAUUAAGUGAUCACGAGUUUCAAUCUUUAAACCCUGACGGUGACAUAGACCACAGUUGUCAGUUGUACUGAUAGCUUUCUCAGGAGAUCGAAACUUCAGUGAUAUUAAAUAUUGCUUA